AUGGGAGAUGGCGGAGAAUUUUUCACUUGUUAUAACCCACCUAAAUUCAAUGAUAGAAUAAUUUAUCCGAAAAGGACCGCCAUCUCCUAUUCGAAACAUAAAUCGCCGAAAUGUUGCCAACAAAUUUACAACAUGAUGGUCGAUAGGAAUAAAUUAAAAAAAUUACGAUCGUUUAAUUUAUCGAGACCCGUGAGGACUGUCGUUUACGAUUUAAAACUCGAUCCCAUACCCAUAUGCAAAUCUAGAGAGUUUAAAACAGAAGAAGAAGAAGGAGAAGGAGAAGAAGGUGCAAAAGAAGAAGUAAAACCGGAUAAUAAUAAUAAUAAUAAUGUGAUAAUACACGAAUUUCAAGACAUAUCCGAUAGCAUAUCAUUUGACGACAAUGAAAAAUAUUUAAUACACGUGUGCGAAAGUGGUUCGGUGACGGAAUGUUCGGGAUGCAGCACUCUUGGUGGAGCCAUUAAACAAAAAAUCCACGUGAAACCGAAACUUCAUUGGCAAGAUUUAUUGUCGGAGACAGCAAUACAAAAAUGUCACAGAAGAGUUUAUAAAAUAAUGGAGAGAUAUAAGGGAAAUGCUUGCGAAGAAUUAAAAAUAAAAUCGACGAUUAUCUAA